AUGUAAAAACCUAUUACAUAUACUAAAUCUCCAACACGCUCAAUUGUAUUAAAUUCUGAUAUUAAUAUCAAAGAAAAAUAAAUUGAUUUAUAAACUCCAUAGAACUUAUUGAUUAUUACUUUAGAUACGAAUGAUCCUGGAAAUAUGGUACCAAAUAAAAAGUUUGAAUUUUUAUUUUCCUCUAAUGAUUUUAAUAACUUUUAUGCAAUACUAAGCCAUACAAAUAAUGAUGCAUUAUAACAUAUUAAAUAUUGUGCUACUCUAACCCUCAUUCCCAAAUUUAAUGAAUUUCCAAUAGAUGAUGCCUAUCAAUCAUAUACUAAUGGUUUAAAUUUAUCUUAAUAUACAAAAAUCUAAAAGGGUUGUUAUUUAUUUUUUAUUGAUCAUAAUGGUUCAAUGGAAGGCAUAAGAAUUGAAAAAGCCAAACAAUCACUCAUACUGUUUCUGAAGAGCCUUCCAGAAGAUUGUACUUUUAACGUUAUUUCAUUUGGUAGUGAUGAAGAAAAGAUAUUCGAUAUUGAAUAUAAUUAAAAUACACUAAAUUAGGCAAUAAAGUAAGUUCAAGAAAUGAAUGCAGAUUUGGGUGGAACUGAUAUAUUAAAAGCCUUGAGCUAAGGCAUUUAUAAUGAAAAUUAUAAAAAAACCAAAUACCAUUCAGAAACUUUAAAAGCAUUUUUAUUAACAAAUGGAGAGGAUUCUAAUAAAAAAAUCAUUAAGUUAGUAUCAAAAAACUAUAGACCUGAAACUAGAAUUUAUACAUUAGGUAUUGGGAAUUAUUGUAGUGAGUAUUUAGUUUCAAGAUUAGCUGAAGUUGGAAAUGGAAAAUGUUAAUUAGUAGGAGAUAAUGAAGAUAUUAUUUCUAAAUUUAUAGAUUUGUUAGAGGAUUCCCUAACUUUUUAUUUAAAAGGAUUUUCAUUAAUACAUAAUAUUGACAAAAUUUCAUAGAUUAUUCCUGAUCCAAAAUCAAUAACUUAAUUAAAGAAAAAUCAAGAGUUAACUUUAAAAUUUUAUUUUCAAAGAAACACAAAAAAGAAAAUUUAGAAUUCUAAAUUAAUUGUUUUGAUCCAUAAAUGA